AUGGUAGCAGAACUUCACUACCCGUCCAUACGGGACCCGUCCUUAUCCGACCCGACCAUACCUGACCCGUCCAUAUCCGACCCGUCCAUAUCCGACCCGUCCAUAUCCGACCUGUCCAUAUGGGACCCAUCCUUAUCCGACCCGUCCAUACGGAACCCAUCCAUACCCGACCCGUCCAUACGGGACCCGUCCAUAUCCGACCCGUCCUUAUCCGACCCGACCAUACCUGACCCGUCCAUAUCCGACCCGUCCAUACGGGACCCGUCCAUAUCCGACCCGUCCUUAUCCGACCCCUCCAUAUCCGACCCGUCCAUACGGGACCCGUCCAUACAGGACCCGUCCAUACCCCACCUGUCCAUACCAGACCCAUCCAUAUCCGACCCGUCCAUACGGGACCCGUCCAUACCCCACCUGUCCAUACCCGACCAGUCCAUACGGGACCCGUCCAUACCCGACCCGUCCAUAACCGACCCGUCCAUACCCGACCCGUCCAUACAGGACCCGUCCGUACAGGACCCGUCCGUACAGGACCCAUACCUACCUGACCCGCACGUACCCGACCCAUACGUACCCGACCCGUCCGUACCCGACCCGUCCGUACAGGACCCGUACAUACAGAACCCGUACAUACCCGACCCAUACAUAUCCGACCCGUCCAUACCCGACCCAUCCAUACGGGACCCGUCCAUACCCGAUCCGUCCAUACCCGACCCGUCCAUACCCGACCCGUCCAUACAGGACCCGUCCAUACCCUACCCGUUCAUAUGGGACCCGUCCUUACGGGACCCGUCCAUGCGGGACCCUUCCAUGCGUACCCGUACAUACAGGACCCGUACAUACCCAACCCGCACAUACCCGACCCAUACAUACCCUACCCGUCCAUACGGGACCCGUCCUUACGGGACCCGUCCAUGCGGGACCCUUCCAUGCGGGACCCUUCCAUGCGGUACCCUACCCGUCCAAACCGUACCCGACCCGUCCAUACAGGACCUGUACAUACAGGAACCGUACAUACCCGACCCGCACAUACCCGACCCAUACAUACCCAACCCGUCCAUACCCGACCCGUCCAUACCCGACCCAUCCAUACGGGACCCGUCCAUACCCGACCCGUCCAUACAGGACCCGUCCAGACCCGACCCGUACAUACCCGACCCGUCCAUACCUGAUCCGUCCUUACAGGACCCGUCCGCACCCACCCAUACCUGA